CACACCCACACCCACACCCACACCCACACCCACACCCACACCCACACCCACACCCACACCCACACCCACACCCACACCCACACCCUGCUCUUCGACAAGGCCAUGGUGCAUAUUUACUUGAACAAGAUGAAAAAUCUCAAGAUAUUUUUAUAAUUAAUAUUGGUGCAUUAUUAUCAGGAAAAGAAUGUCACAUAUCUAUAUCAUAUGUUUCUGAAUUGGAUCUUGUGCAAAAUGGAAGUAAAAUUCGUUUUGUUAUUCCAACAACAAUUGCACCUCGUUAUAAUCCAAAUAUAGGUGGCAUUAGUUCACCUUCUCGUACUACAUCGAAAUAUGUUCAAACAGCUCCAUAUACAAUAGAUUUUCAUUGUCAAGUGGAAAAAGUUAAUGUUUCUCGUAUUAGUUCAAGUUCUCAUCCAAUUCAGAUUGAUUUUGGUCAAGAGAAUUUCUAUAUUAUUGAAUUUGCUCAGUCAAAUACUCAUUUAGAUCGAGAUAUUUUAAUAGAUAUUGAAUUAGUCGAUAAUCAUUCGAAUACCAUUGGUACAAUCGAACAAGGUGCUGUUAUGGUUUCAUUUAUACCAACCGAACAGGAUUGUCAACGUGCAAUGAACAAAACAGAGACAACAAAUGAAUUUAUUUUUGUUGUUGAUUGUAGUGGAUCAAUGGCAGAUGAGAAUAAAAUUGGAUUAGCACGGGAAGCUAUAUUACUUUUUCUGAAGAAUUUACCAAUUAAUUGUUAUUUUAAUAUCAUUCGAUUUGGAUCAUAUUGUGAAGCUUUAUUUAAAGAAAUUACUGCUGUUUAUGAUGAACAAAAUGCUCAAAAAGCUGAACAACUUAUUAAUAAUUUGCGAGCCAAUAUGGAUGGUACCGAAUUAGUUAGUUUUGUUCGUUUAAUGGGUCUUGCUCGAGCAACAAAUGGACGUUUUGUUUUUAUUCCACCAAAAAGUAAUGUUGAUGUUUACGUUGGUGAGCAAUUACAAAAGGCUUUACAAUCUUCUAUUACAAACAUUCAUAUUAAAUGGAAUUUGCGCACUGAAGUGAUGAAUGCACCAACAAAAAUACCAGCUGUAUAUGUAAAUGAUCGUCUGAUUGCUUAUGCACUUGUCAAUGAUUCAAAGUUUGUUUUUGAUCAUAAUUCAAAUGUUAAACUGUAUACUGAUCAAUGUCAAUUAUCCCAAGCAAAAAUUGAUUCAGUACCAAAAGUGGCCAUUGAUGAAACAAUAGCUCGACUUGCUGCUAAAGCACUCAUUCUCGAAUUGCAACAUUCUAAACUUGAGAAAAAUAUUACAGGUUCACUACAAUCUCGAUUUAAACAAUUUUUGUCAUCGUUAACAACCAAAACUAUGACAGAUGAAAAAGAAAUCAGAAAGAAACGCAUCAUUGAUCUUUCACUUAAAUAUCGAAUUUUGAGUCCACACACGGCUUUUAUCGGUGUUGAAAAACGAAUAAAUGGUAACAAUGUUCAUAUGGUCUUACGCGAAAUACCCAUUGAAAUAUCCACUGAUGAUCAACAUCUACUAACCUCUGGUUUUAUGAGAUUUGUUAAUAGUGCGAGGUCAGCUGCUUCGAAUGCAGGGUAUGAAGAAUGGCCAAAAGAUGACGAAAACAUUGUUCGCUACUUGAUCAAGAAACAAAAAUUUGAUGGUUUAUGGGAUUUAACUGCUGAAAAUGUUGAAAAACUUAUUGGAAAAUCCCUAUCAAGUUUUUCAUCAAAUACGAAUCAAGAAAUGUUGAUUACAGUUAUCAUUAUAGUAGUACUUGAAACACAAUACAACAAAUUUUCAGUAAUGUGGCAUGGAGUAGUAGAAAAAGCUCGCAAACGUCUUCUUGAUUUACUUAGCAACGACAUUAAACAAUUGGAAUUAUUAUUAGAAAACAUUCGUCAACAAUCUUAA